CUAUAUAACAUCCUCCAUUUCCUUCUUCUUCGCCCCCUCUUUUUGUUUCUGCGUUCUCAAAACUCGAUUUUGACCUGAAUUUUGUUCGGAAGCUACCGGAAUUGGUCACAUAUCCGCCGGAGAAAUGAAGGAGAGUGGACGGAAACAAGGCGCUGUUGCACCAUGCGCCGCCUGUAAGCUUCUUCGUCGGAGAUGUGCUCAAGACUGCGUUUUCGCCCCUUAUUUCCCCGCCGACGAGCCUCAUAAGUUCGCCAGCGUCCAUAAAGUCUUCGGCGCUAGUAAUGUCAACAAGAUGUUACAGGAGUUGCCGGAGCACCAGCGGAGCGACGCCGUGAGCUCGAUGGUGUACGAAGCAAACGCAAGGGUUCGAGAUCCAGUGUACGGCUGCGUCGGAGCCAUAUCGUCGCUGCAACAACAAAUCGAUCUGUUACAAACCGAGCUAGCGAUUGCGCAAGCGGAAGUAGUACACAUGCGAAUGCGUCAAUUCACAUCGUCAUCGUCGAACCCGACAGCCGGACACUCGCCGGAAACUGUGUCGCCGUCUGGCAAGAUCAACAUUCCGCCGCAAAACAAGUCCUAUUUUUCCAUGGACAACAUGGGGGAGUCGUUGUGGUCAUCCUGCUAGCUAAUUAAUUUAAGCUUUAGGCGUGCGCUUUUUUUUUUAAAUCUUAUUUUUCCUAAUUAUCAUUAUAAUGUGCUUUCUUUAUCAUUAUAAUGGGGCGGGCUUGCUUUAUUGUACUUCUGCUUUUAUUUAUACUUUUUUUAUAUAAAUUAUGUAACUUUGUAGAAAAGAAAAUAGCGCUACGCCGAGAUCAUUAUCAUUCAUAACCAUAUUGUAAAUGCUUAAACAAUGUAAUUAAUUAUGCGGUGUCAUAUUUAUAAUAUAUACUUUUAAUUAUAGUA